AUGGCCGACAGGGUAUACGCUGAUCAGCUGUCGGUCCAAUCUUACACACAACCACCUCCACCGUCGCACUCCACUGACAACGCCGAGCUAGUUGCCUGUGGUAUGGCGUUAGUCACACAGGUGCAGGCGUUGACUUUGGCUCGCGACCGCCCACGACAACGCCGUCGCACGCGCUCCAAUCAUUGGAGCCGCAGCCCCCCGGCGCACACGAUCUCGAUCACCGUUGAACGGGAUUCGCCGGUAUCACCGCCUAUACGGCGAUACUGCCAAUGA